AUGGAGGGGAAAGUGGUGGUGGUGACCGUGGUGGUCGGCUUUCUCGGGAUCGUCUCCGCCAUCCUCGGCUUCGCUGCAGAGGCGAAGAGGGUCAAGGUGAGCGAAUUUCCACCACGAGAGAGACGGGGAUCUCCUUCAUCUCUCUCUCUCUCUCUCUCUCGCUAGAAGUAUCCUCGCAAGGGAUGGAUGAUGUCGCAAGCCGAUCGACUGCUACGAUCAUCUCCGUCUUCCCCGGCCGUUUCUCCGAGCUUCUGCCCUAAUUGCCUGUUUUUUCCCGACGAGGAAGCCCUAAUUCGAGCCUGUAAACUCUGAUCGAAGGUGGAUCCCACUCGGUUUCGCAGGCUUCUCAAGUGGACCUGAGCAAUGCGGAAUUCUGCGACUAUCCUAGCACGCCGGCGCCGGGGCUCGGGCUGGCGGCCGCCGGGCUGCUCGUGCUGGCGCAGGUAAUCAUCCACGCCUUCGCCGGCUGCCUCUGCUGCAAGAAUCGAACUUCAUCCUCCGGCGGAUACUGGACGGCGGCCUGGAUCGCGUUCAUCUUCUCCUGGUAGAUUCCUUCCCCACGGAAACCCGAGAUUCCGAACAAUUUGUCUGUCUGUCUGUCUGUCUGUCUGUCUGUCUGUCUGUCUGUCUGUCUGUCUGUCUGUCUGUCUGUCUCUCUGUCUCUCUCUCUCUCUCUCUCUCUCUCUACUCCAUCCGUUCAUCGGCCAAAUCGAGAAGCUAUCAUCCUCUUCUGGUAGAUUCCAUCGUCCUGGAAAACCGAGAUUCUGAACAAUUCUCCGAAUGGGGACUCUCUCUCUCUCUCUCCCCAUCUGUCAGUCUCUCCUCCAUCCGUUCGUCGGCCAAAUCGGGAAGCUCGCUACAUUCUUCAGAAGUUAUUCUCAGUACUAGAUACCAUCUUAUGCCGAUAAGAACUCCGACGCGUUGACUUUCGUGGAUUUUCUCUGUUCGACUCAAUCUCCAUCUCUGGUAGAAACCCUGAGAGCUUGGUGGUUCGAUCAAUCGGUUGACCCGCCCAUCUGCUGAAUCUACCCGUCUCGCCCUGGUACAAUGGCCCUGGAAACCCGAGAUUCCGAAAAACUCUCCUCCUUGUUCUAUCAAUCUCUCCUCCAUCUGUUCAUCACCCAAAUGUGGAAGCUACAUUUCAUAUGAUGAGGGUGAGAAGUACUCCGAAGCGUUUACUUUCGGAGGAUUUUCUCUCUCGGAUUCCGUCUCCAUCUCUGACUGAUAAGAUACCCUGAUAGCUUCGUUGAUGGAUCCAUCGGUUGACCAACCCAUCCGCUAAAUCUACCCGUAUGUUCCUCUGGACGCGCAGGAUCGCCUUCGUCAUCGGGCUGCUGAUGCUGAUUUCGGCGGCUGUACAGAACAUGCGGCGUGAUCAUGUCAGCGGGGGGUAUUUCAUCAGGUACUGCUACGUGGUCAAGCCCGGGGUUAGCGCCGGCGGCGCCGCCUUGGCGCUGACCAGCGUCUUGCUCGGGAUCAUCUACUACCGUUCGGUGGAGUCCUUGAAGCAGGCUGUGGAGCCCUGGGCACCCCAGCAAGGCCAGGGGAUAGCCAUGAUGGCCCAGCCCCAGUUCCCGCCCCAGCCCGCCUACCCCCCUCCCCCGGCUUUCGUCCAUGAAGACACCUACAACCGUCGGCAGAUCCCCUGA